AUGGCAGAUGCAGGCUUAAAUUUUGGGUUGCUUUCAUACUUAAGGGCUCAGUACCCUUUAGUUUCUAGUGCCACAGUUGUAAAUGUCAUGAACAAGUACAACAACGACCAAGAGAAAUGCAAACGAGCUCUGGAUUUUGAAGCUAGGAGAGGAUUUGGGUCGUCAAGCAUGGAGUCGUUAUCGGGCAAUAAUAACAACAGCAGUGUGGAUAGUUCCGGUGAAGGGAAAUCAAUCACAGCCCGUAUUAAAGAGCUUCAAGUGUCUUGUGACAGUGGAUCACAGUUGAAACAUGGUAACCCAGAACGACAUAUCAGCAAACUUGAAAGAUCUGUUGGUAACUUGACACGGCCUACAGAACAAGCUAAACGACCAUUGGUAAGUCAGUCUGUGUCAUUCACUGUGCAGACUCCGGGUGGGUUGUCGUCUGCAGAAACUCAGACAAAAACUAACUGGGGGUCGACCAAUAAUUUGGCCACACCUCAGACGGCACCACCCGAUUUCUCAUCAUUUUUCAGCCGCUCUGCAACCGAUAUUCCAAACAUCAACUGCAGGACACAUGGGGCAUCUGGGUUUGGCUCGGGAUCUGCGCCGCAUGGAUCUAAACCCAAACAGAUUCCAGUAAACUCCUCAUCAGCAUCUAGCAGUCCACUAGAGCAGCGCCGCCCGGUGAAGGUAAUCAACAUUCCGGCAGGAUCUUCAUCUGGUGGUACAGUGUCUUCUUCUCUUGCCCACUCCAACCAACGCCACAUCCAUAUGAAUUUUGGUGACUCUGGUGGCAGAUGCAGUAUAGCCAAACCUCCAACACUGCAGCGCUAUGGGUCUACCCCAAACAUAAGCCAGCAUUACAGAAGUGAAAUCCACACUGAAGCACCAACACCACAACCAGUGCAUUCGUCUAAUAUUGUUGUGAACGCCUCAAAUCAUACAAAUUCUGUAACUUCAGGAAGGAAACUCAGUGAUGCCUCGGGAAAUGGCCGGAGGACACCAAAUCCUCCUCUUUCACUAAACACCAGCAAUAAUUUCUCGUCUAUUCUUGCGCCAGGCGGUGCUUAUCCCUCAGGCAAACUCUCAACGCCCAUACAGGCAUCUUCUCCAGGAAUUGCACAUUCAAAGCCCGUCUUUGUGGAUAUCAAGAAUGACCGGAUGGCCAGUGCUCAUAUGCAUGAUGGCUAUAACAGCACACACUAUCCAUCGGUUUAUUAUCCAGGGAACAGUGUGAGGUCUAUGCCAUUAAAUUCGGGCCUUAUGCCCAAUCAGAAUAUGUCGUUUGGUUCUAAUAUCAGCCCUUUACCUAACUCUCACUUCAGCCCAGAUUUUUCAAGUGCUGUGGAUUUUCCUGCCAGCCAUCGCCAGAAUGAGUACCUGUAUUCACAGAAUCCACAACAGAGACAACCAGGCUUUCCUAGCUCAUCUACCAACAUGGGCCAUCCUCCAAAUUCAGGCUACAGCCCCAGCUCUUACUCACAGUUCCAUCCGCCUGCCAACGUUGUAGGGUUUACGUUACUCUCUGGUCGCUUCCCAGGCCCGGCGCAAGGCCGUCUGGCAAAUUACACUCACUACGGUCUCAGUUCAGGCUUUCCAAUGGAUACACACUUAUCUAAAAGCCCCAGUGUAACCGAACACCAGCUGCUGAGCAGUCGAACAAACAGCCAGGAUAGCGAGCACAGCAUUGGUGUUGGGGGGGAUUAUGAAGCUGGAUAUCCUUUACACAGAGCUGUGGGCUCCCGUGUAUCUAGUCUUAGCAGCUUGAGCUCGGACUCUUCUGGUCAUGUAGAGGGAGUGACGUCUGGUUCACGGUCACGCUCAGGAAGUUUGCAAGAUGAAGUGGAGUAUAUCCAAGCUUUGCUGCAACACCAGAAAAGACAGAUGCAGAAACUUCAAGAAGAAAUCAGUCACCACCGAGUCAUCGUAAAUAAGUUACAUUCAGAAGUGAGUGUCAUGGAGAGGAGCAUGAUAGAGUCUCAUCAUGUCAAUAGAAGUCUUCCUUCGAUUGAAGAUAUUUCUUGGCUUUGUGAAAAGAACAGACAACUCCAGACAGAUAUACAACUGUACAUGAAUGAGGUAGACGUGUACAGAAGUGGCCAAACACCAUUAAACAGCAUCAGCCCACGUGAUCAACAGAACUUCUUUGAGAACAUGCCCACAGGCCAGCAAGAUCCCAUCUACUCACUGUCUCCUGGCAGACGAUUGUCACCUACAGGGCCUCCCCCUCCACCUAGACCGCCUCCGCCUAUUCCUAUGAGGCAGCGCUCUAAUGAGUCAGGACAAGCAGCUGGAGGGGCUGUGUCUGGAGUUGACAUUUUCCGUGUGCCUGCUGCCCCAUCUGCUCAACAGUUGCUCACCUCUGGGGACCCCGAGGAGGGAGAGUUGCCUUGGAGCUGCUCAGCGUGUACUUUCUCCAACCAUCCAGCGUUAAGGAAAUGUGAGAUGUGUGAAAUGCCACGAGUGAUUCCACCUCAUGCGACUUUAUCUCUAGGCCCACGGUCACUAAACCCACAGCAGUCUAUGUCACCACGACUGCCACCUGGUUCUAGUCUGCUGAGUAAUAUGCAUCCACGAUCAGACUCUCCUCAUUCGGUUCUGGGCCAUCAUUACCAUAGAGCAGGCACAUAG